AAAGCAGCAAAAGCAGCACUGAGGGUCGGGGAGCUGCAGCACUUAUUUCUGGGACGAGUCCUGGCCUGCACACAGUAGGAGAGAACGUUAUAGGCCGAACUGCGAUAGGUAGGAAUAUUACUAUGGCGUAAUAGGAAUGCCAUGGUUCUUGCUAGCCUUCCCACUUAGCUCUAUCACGAUAUCGAGAGCUAGUUUGUGCUGUGGACCGUGCGCUUGAAGCGCUACGAUAUGACAGGGCCACUUGGUCGGACCGCGUACUCUAGUGGUAAUAUUACGGCCGGCGGAGGUGGUAAAGACUUGAAGAAGCCGAGCAUCGAUCGAGCCGAAUGUGGUUCGAGCGUGGAGACCCCGAGCAAACUCGUGCGGCGACGGCCAUGGCUGGCCAGUCCUCUCAAACUGGCCACGCCGCGAGUCUCUAAGCCGCUUCUCCUCCUGAGCAUUCUCGUGGCUGUAUUCCUGUGCUACGCAUUCAACCCUAGCGUACUUAACCGUUAUUUUGCUGGUUCUACGGGGAGAACCACAUUACGUACCGUGUCUUUGAGCGGUGACGCCAAUGUAACUUGGCGACAACCCGAGGAGGUUCACGUUGUGUCCCGGAUUGUUCACUCCAGAAACACGAAUUCGAGGAGUUAUCGCUUAAACAUUUCGACCAGCUGCGUGGAGGUGCUUCAGGCAGCCGCUAAGCUCCCUGGUGCCAGGAAAAUUCUUGUCAGUGCUUCGCGCUUAGCUAAGUGCAGAGGCGAUCUAUGCUCGGCAAUGCAGCAACUCGCGAGUCAAGCUUCAAAGAGAGCAGCUUCAGCUGCUCUGAACGAGGAUCAGAGAUUUUCCUCUGCAAUGAGCAAGCAAAACGGUCCAUUAACCCCUGCUGACCUGCAGGCUAUCCAAGAGGGUGACCUAGGAUUGGUGUGUAGCAGGGAGUGGAAGCACGGCCUCAUGAGCCGCGUUCCUGACAAUCAUUUCUUCAGGAAGGUUCUCAGCGGCAACCGAACUUCGUUGGCAAUCAUCUCUGCUCAGAUCGACUCUAUCUGCGGGAGAAUACGAGAGAUUGAGCAUAAUCUUACCAGAGGUCUCGAUGCGGACAGUUUGAGUGACCCUGACAGUAGCAGCAGCAUGAGUGGCCCCGACAGUCCGUGCAACCACUGGCCUGAGUCGUGCUGGCCCGUGCCUGGCAUGCCCUUUUUCAGGCUCGCUGAUUUUGGUCGGCGCAAGUACCUGGUGUUUGCAGCGGUGGAGGAGCAGCUCACCAACGCCAAGAUCCACUUCAUCGAGGCGGCUAAGGUCGCCAGGGAGUCAAACCGCAUCCUCGUCCUGCCCAAGGGCGGGCACAGCCACCUCGCGGUGGGGCGUCCCAUGCCCAUGUGCGCCUACUGCGACCUCGCCCACCUCAACAGCACGGAGUGGGUCUCGCCUGAGUUCUUCCUCCUCGUCGCCCGAGCUGCCUUCUCCACUCUCUCCCUCGGCUUCCUCUGUGUGGACACGCCUGACCUCUCCAGGCCCUGCUUUGGAACCAAGGAGAUCGCGAGAAGCCUGGGGGCGCUGCUCACCCUGGCCAUGGGGCAUGUGCCUGCGCGUGGCAACAUAGUCAAGCUGCACAUGCCGUCCCGCAUCGACCAUGUGCAGACGCUGCUCAAAGCCUGGGCUGACAGGGACGUGGUGAUCUACUCCAAGAACACCUUUGACCGCUUUGACAAGGCAACGGACGACAUUGCGCAAGAUGUGAUGCCCUAUGCGAAGCAGUGGCGUGAUGUGGCUGACAGCAUUGUUGCUGGGCUUCCCAAGUCAUUUAUUGCUGUCCAUUUCCGCUCCGAGUUCAUUGCGUUUAACCUGGCGGAGGAAAGAAAGACUGAUCUAUCUUCUGCAGAGAGGUUAAAGAUCCUGGGAGAUCGUAUGGAGCAAUGCACCAGGUUCGCCGUCCGGCUGAUUAACCGUAUGAAGAAGACACAUAACGCAACUACUGUUUUCAUUGCCGCCGAUGUACCGUAUAACAAGUCAAGAGCAACGCCACGCUCCGAGUCUUGGGGGGCCAUGUCUUGGGCGUUUGGCAACGGCACGCUGACGGAGGUGCCUCAGUACUGGCUGGCUUGGCUGAGGAAAGAAGUCAAGGGGACAGUCAUGAUUGAUGAGCUCAUGCCAUCUUUGAGCAGUCAAGAUCCAGGAAUCGUGGCCAUUGUUGACAAGCUAAUAUGCGCACAGUCCACGAUCUUCCUAGCUGGCUCUGGAGCAUGUGGUGGUCGUCGUAAUUUUGAGAAGGAUAUUCUCCUUCAUCGUCGAAACAUAUUGGGCGAGUCCACUCGCAUUCCUCGAUGGGCCAAUGAACAAAAGGUGCCGUGGGAUAAGGCUUAGUUCAAAAGAGCGCUCAUGUGAUCUGUAUCGUUCAAUUGUUGUGCAAGUCUAGCGCUUUGGCACGCAAGUCUAGUGCAAGUCAUCCGGUAUC